UAACACAGGAAGUAAACGUCUGACAGAAGACUCCAUUGAUUUGUGGCAGAAAUUGUUUGUUUUGCGGAUUACCCUUAACAAUGAUUUCGUCGCAUAAAUCCCACCACACCUUCAGAUGAGGACGCUGAUCUUCGUAGCGUGGGUGUUGUUUUACGUGUCAUUUCUUUUGGCGAUGAGAAGAAUGUGGGCUGGAAAGUAUGUUCGCAGUCCACUUGCUCGUAAUCUAUUCUUGAACAUGGUGACUGAAAGUGAAAUACCUGGACACGAAACCCAGAAAUGGUACCACUGCUGUCCGGAUAUGCUUGGAGAAAGGGUCCGAUCUCUGUUUGUGCAGAGCCAUUUGGAUGCUGACACAGAGGCUUUUCUCAGCAGAAGUGUUGAGAAAUCCAGUUGGCUUUUCACCCAGCUGUACCACUCACUGUUCUCCACCAUCUUUAGUCCUGUAAUGUCCCGAACGUCAAUUAACGGCUUUCUGGCACGGGGUUCCAUGUUUGUCUUUUCUAAAGAACAGUUUCAGCGUCUGCUCCAGAUCAGCCCAGAAUGGAAAGGGGAAAGAAUGUUGGAUUUAGGAGCAGGUGAUGGCGGUGUCACAGAAGUGAUGGGUGCCUAUUUUAAUGAAGUAUAUGCCACAGAGGUCUCUGUGCCUAUGAAAUGGCAUCUCCAAAGAAAGCAAUACAGCUUGUUAGGAAUUGAUGAAUGGCACAGAACUGGCUUCCAGUACGAUCUCAUAAGCUGUCUUAACUUGCUGGACCGUUGUGAUGAACCGUUUAAACUGCUGAGCGAGAUUAAGAAAUCGCUUGUGCCAGGAACAGGGCGGCUCAUUUUAGCGGCUGUUUUACCUUUUCAGCCAUAUGUGGAGACAGGUGGGAGUUGGGUACGACCCAAGGAACAUAUCAAGAUCAAGGGGAAGAUGUGGGAAGAGCAGGUGACGCACCUGUCGACUGAAGUUUUCCAGAAGAUUGGGUUUGAUGUGGAGGCGAUCACACGCUUGCCGUACUUGUGUGAGGGGGACAUGUACAAAGAAUACUACGUGCUUGAUGAUGCAGUAUUUGUGUUAAAACCUCAGGAUUAAAGCUGUGUUUAUGGAAAUCUUGUGGCAGCGCCACAAUCAAUUUUGGACAAAUUGAAAUAUUAGACAAAUAUAAAUGAAAGGGAUUAAUUUAAGUGAAUAUCAACUAAGAUACUUGUCUGCAGUACAUCUCAGGAAAAUGAGACCUGUGAAAUCUACAUUAAAUCAAAAGGAUUAUUACUGUAAUUGAACAGUGGUGUACGGUUGGUUGGGGUCUUGGGGACCAACGAACUGAACAUAUUAGUUUUGUGAAUAUGAAGGUAUUAAGGAACUCUACAUCUCAUACUGUGGUUCUGUAAGUUACACAUGUGCCUGUCCUAUCAUUUUUUGAGUUUGUAAUUUUUUAAAGACCCUUUCUAAAAUCUGAAAAUUCCUACUGUAUUAACAAUAUUCAAUCAAAUGAAUUGUUUGUUGUUUAGUGCACAGCACAAAUAUAACUGAAGCUAAUGGUUACAUACCAGUAUGUCUGUCAUGCUCUGUUAAUUAAGAUUGUGACUUAAUUCUAACAAAGAUUUUUAAAACUACUUUAGAUCAAUAUUUUGUAGCAGCCCUUAUUUGUUUUGUUUUAUUUUCAAAAAACAUCAUGAAGAGGCAAACAUGACACUUUGUCACAUACUAUGUUUAGUGAUACUACUGUAACAAAAUGUUAUUAGUAAACACAUUAGAUGUGUAGACGUGUGUAUUUAAUGUUGAUGUUAAAUAUAUGGGUGUAUUAAAAACUUCUCAAAUGAAAAUAUUCUUAAAGGUUAUGUUUAGAAAAUAUACAUGCAUGCAUACAACAUUAACUAUGUUAAUUAAAAGCAGCAUAAAAAUUC